AUGAUGAAAGCAAGCACAUCCCAUGACAACAAGGAAAAGAUUCCUAUGGAAAUCGAAACAAAAUCCAACCCUGAUAAUAAUGCUAUUGUUGAGAAACGGCUGCUGAGAAAAUUGGAUUGGCGAUUGAUCCCUUUAUUAUCACUCAUGUAUCUUUUGGCUUUUCUCGACCGAUCCAACAUUGGCAACGCCAAGCUCGGUGGUUUGCAGCGAGAUCUCGGUCUCAGUCACUUUGAAUACCAAUGGACAUUGUCAAUCUUCUUUUUUGGUUACAUCUUUAUGCAAGUCCCAUCCAAUAUCGUGAUGCGACGAUGGCGACCUUCCACUUGGCUUGGUGUCUUGAUGGGGGCAUGGGGAAUCAUUGCAACAUGCAUGGCUGCAUGUCAUGAUUUUGCUGGAAUCGUCGUGUGUCGUUUACUUUUGGGUGCAUGUGAAGCAGGCUUUUUCCCAGGGGUCAUUUACUUGCUUAGCAUCUGGUAUAUGCGGAAAGAAUAUGCACGUCGUGCAGGGCUCUUUUUCUCCUUCUCUUCACUUGCAGGAGCCUUUGGUGGCCUCCUUGCAUAUGCUAUCAGUCAAAUACCCACAGACCGAUUACAUAGUUGGCAAUGGCUCUUUAUUCUUGAAGGCAUCCCAUCCAUUGUCCUUGCAGUAUUCGCAGCAUGGUAUCUUCCUGACAAGGUGGAAAGUGCAAGAUUUCUUACAGUGGAAGAAAGGACGCUUGAAAAGGAACGAUUGGAGCAGGACGCAGGCGCUUCACAAGACCAAGUACCUUUUUCUUGGGCAGCAGCAUUUUCCGUGUUUCGGGAUUGGAAACUUUAUGCAUACAUGGUGAUUUACUUGUUGGGAACAUGUGCUUUGCAAGGUGUGACGUUAUUCUUGCCUUCCAUAGUUGCUAAUACAGGCACCAUGUGGUCACAUGCUCAAGCCCAAGCACUUACAACGCCGCCUUACGUAUUGUCAUUCGUUGGCACACUCUUGGUCAGCUACAGCUCGGAUCGAUUUUUUGAUAGAGCCUACCACAUGAUGGCAUGUAAUCUUAUUGGCAUCAUUGGUUUCCUGGUGCUUAUCCUUCUUCCCCCUGAACAAGUAGCAGGCCAAUAUACAGGUGCAUGCUUGGUUGUUAUUGGUGUCUACUGCAAUGUGCCACCCAAAGUAUCAUGGUUCAGCAACAAUUUUGGUGGCGACACUCGCCGUGCUAUUGCAUCCGCCGUGAUCGUCUCCUUUGGUAUGGCUGGUGGUGCCCUCGGCGGCCAAAUCUAUUAUGAUCCACCUAAUUAUACCCAUGGUAACACCAUCGCACUCGCUUGUCUUGCUGCCCAAACUGUCAUUGUGUUCACGUUACGCACUAUGCUCGCUCGAGAAAAUCGUCGCAGGGACAAGAUUGCCAAUAAUGCCCAUGCUAGGGAUCUUGAGUUGCUACGUUACGGUGGACCUGCUAUGGCAGGAGAUAGACAUCCAGAUUAUCGUUAUGUGUUAUAA